CUAAACUCCUUGUUCGAGCCCCAGGACGAGUGAGAUUGAUCUUUUCUUUCUGAGUCUGUCUCCAAGGCUGCCCCUCGCACCAACAUGCCAGUUGUGGACCAAGAGCCCUCCAAAGGUUUAGGAAGCAAAGAUGGUCUUCCUAAACUGCCCCUCCCCGCUCUGAAAGACACCCUGGACGUGUACCUGGGGUGUAUGAAGCACCUGCUCACAGAGGAACAGUUCAAAAUGACCCAACAUGUGGUGGAGCAGUUUGGAGCAGCUGGAGGAGUGGGGGAGCUACUCCAGAGCAAACUCACAGAGAGGAGGGGAAACACGGCAAACUGGGUGUACGACUACUGGCUGAAUGAAAUGUACCUGAACAACCGACUGGCUCUGCCCGUCAACUCCAGUUCUGUGAUGGUCUUCCCACAGCAGCACUUCAAGGCUCCCAUCGACUCCUUAAGGUUUGCUGCUCACUUAAUUUCUGGGGUUUUGGAGUACAAGACACUUCUUGAUUCGCGUACCCUGCCUGUGGACUGUGCUCGGGGCCAGCUGGCUGGAACUCCUCUUUGCAUGGAGCAGUACUAUCGCCUCUUCACGUCUUACCGCCUACCGGGGCCUGAGAGGGACACGCUGGUGGCCCAGCAGAGUAGUGUGAUGCCAGAGCCUGAACACAUCAUUGUGGCUUGUAAAAACCAGUUCUUUGUGCUGGAUGUGGUGAUCAACUUCCGCCGACUGAAUGAAAGAGACCUGCUGACUCAGCUGGAUAAGAUCGCCAGAAUGGCUGACAGCGAAGAAGAACUGCUCCCACCUAUUGGUCUCCUCACUUCAGAUGGACGGGCCGAGUGGGCCGAGUCCCGCAGCGUGCUAAUGAGAGAGUCUACGAACAGGGACUCUCUGGACAUGAUAGAACGCUGUCUGUGUCUGCUCUGUCUGGAUGACGCCAGUGGGCUGGCGAUAAAUGACACGACACGAGCCAUGUUGAUGCUGCACGGCGGAGGAGUGGCCAAGAACGGGGGCAAUCGCUGGUACGACAAGCCAAUGCAGUUUGUUGUAGGAGCUGACGGCUGCUGCGGAGUCGUGUGUGAACACUCACCAUUUGAAGGAAUUGUCCUUGUGCAGUGCACAGAAUAUCUGCUCAAAUACAUGAUUGGCAGCCCAUCAAAGCUGCUCAGGGCUGCAAGUGUGAGCGAGCUGCCUGCACCACGCAGGCUCCGCUGGAAAUGUACUCCAGAGAUUCACAAACGUCUCGCCUCUUCUGCCGACAUAUUACAGAGGCAGGUGAAAAAUCUGGACAUGAAUGUCCACACAUUCUGCGAUUACGGGAAAGAGUUCAUCAAGAAGCAGAAAAUGAGUCCCGACGCCUACAUCCAGGUCGCUCUUCAGUUAGCCUACUACCGAUGUCACGGCAGGCCGGUGUCAACCUAUGAGAGUGCUUCUAUUCGCCGUUUUCAGGAGGGCAGGGUCGACAACAUCCGCUCAGCCACACCAGAAGCUCUGGCCUUCGUCAAAGCAAUGACUGAGGGGAAACUGAGCACGAACGAUGCGGAGAAGAUGGAGAUGUUACGAAGUGCCAUAACCGCACAAACAAAGUAUACUGUUCGGUCCAUUACAGGGAUGGCAAUAGACAAUCACUUACUGGGACUAAGUAAGAUUGCACAUGAACUGAAGAUGGAGACGCCAGAAAUAUUCAAAGACGAAGCCUAUCUCAUCAGCAAUCAGUUCAUUCUCUCUACAAGUCAGGUUCCUACGACUGUUGAGAUGUUCUGCAGCUACGGGCCGGUGGUAACCAACGGAUAUGGAGCGUGCUACAACCCCCAGUCGGACCACAUUAUCUUCUCAGUGUCCAGUUUCCACGAGAGCUCGCAGACAUGUUCAGCAGAGUUUGUCAAGAGUCUGGUUCAGGGACUCCUGGAUAUGAGGGAUCUCUGCAAUAAAUGUAAUUAUGGCUUGAAACCGACGCAGCAAACACAGGGUCAGACACUUGAGACGCACACGCAAACAGACUCAAACUGGCCAAACAAGACCCCUGAGAAACCAAAUGACCUGAGCAAGAAUCAGCAAACACUGCCGCAGGUUGUGCUGAAGACACCAGACCAGACUAAAGUGGAGGCUCAGACGCAGACUCCUUCACAGGUAGAGGCACAGCCGUUGAAGAACGGAAGGAAAGCAUAGGGAACUGUCAGUGCCAGUGGCAAAAGGUGGUGAUGUGAUUUUAAGUGCAUCUCUAAAUAUGCACUGUAACUGUGAAACAACAUGUGACGUAAACCUGUGUUGUUGUCUACUGUAACAUGUAUGACGUGCUGAUGAUCAUCUAAUUUACUUAUUCUUAGAGAAUAUUAGAGGUGUUUUUUGAGGACAUUUUUCUGUUGUCACAUACAUGAAUAUCCAACAUACAGCACUCAUUCAAACGUCUGUCAAAAUGUGCAGGUAAAAGAAUCAAGCUGAGCUUUUGAUUGCUGUUUUGCACUGACAUGAAUCAGCCAAAGAAAAGUACAUAUAUUUUUUGGGAUGAGCAAAAGUAGUUUGUCAUCUCACUAAAUGUCAACUAAGCAUGCUGCUAUCGAAUGGUUUUCUGAAGAUUAACUGGUUUGAACUAGAAUCUUCUAUGCAGUUUCCAUUUGUGUUGUUUAUAGAUUGUGUCUAAUGCACCAGCAAUACACGUGCUAUAACUUAUGUCGAUCUAACAACAAAAGUAUCCUUUUGUGAAAUCAUUAGACGUACUAACCAACUGACCAAGACUUUAAAGGUAUGUCGUUUACCUUAUCAAAGAAUGUUAAGUGUGAUAAAAAUUGUUUAAUUGUAGAUUUGUGAAAAGAAUAUAUCAAUUAAGUUAUUUAUUUUUGUAUCAUAUAAUUUAAUAUAUAUAAAGUAUAAAUGUAAAUUAAAAAAGAAAAUAUAUGAAACUUAAGAGGUUAUCACUGUGUUAACGACUUUCCAAUUGUAUUCAUGAAGUACUGUUGAAGAUUAAAAGAAUGAAACCAUAAAGCUUAUUGCCGUUCACAGAGUAGAUGUCAAUACCAUGUGUGAGCUAUAAAUAAACUACUCUGAUUUGAAGUUGACAUAUUAUUAUUUUUACUUUUCAACAAUGAGCAUCAAGAUCUGCAAAAUGUGUCAAAAUGAUGGCAAUAAAUAGAUGUUAUUUAAAAUAUAACCAGCAUAUUAAGUCAUUAAAUGUGAUAUAUGUUUAAAAUAAAUAUGUGUAAUCAAAACAAAAUCUCAAUCUUGAAUCUUACAGGAUAAUGACUUAUCAUAAUUAGAUAAAUUUCAUUUAGUGUUCUGCUAAAGAAGUCUUAGAUCAAAUAGCUGUAAAAAAUAAAUAAACUUUAAAGUUGUAGAGGUUUAGAGUUUCUGGACACAUGUCAGAGAGGUGGUCAUGUUAGCAACAGGCGUGUUGUGUGUGACAGUUACACAGGUGAGGUGACAUGCAAUGACCUGAUGAAUCUAAUGGAGGAGUAGAACUCAGGAACGCCCGGCUUCCGGGUCUUCUUUGCUCUACCAAGAUGUUGCCUAUAAAAUAAACUGAACUGAAUAUGUGCAUUACGUUUUCUUGUUCAACCCAGUAAGACAACAGUUACUUUGUAUAUAAAUGCACUUAUCUUUAUUUUUAGUAUUAUUUGGAUUGCUGCAUGAAUUCAAGUGUGCUGUUGGUGAUAGGUUUAACUUAUCAUCAUCACUGCAUGUGUCCAUUAUUGCAUAUUCCAAGGCUAUGUUUAUAAUUCCUAAAGUAUGCUUAUUAAUACACAAAAUAACUGACACAGAAAACCUGUUUAUAUAAUUAAAGCAUAUGUUUACAGGUUAAUUUCUAUGCAAAUAAUAAACAUACCAUAUGUUGUGUCAACUUGGGAGGUGAUACAUACAUGAUGCCACUAACUGGUUUCUGCCCUGUUGUGUAAGCAAACCUUGUCUGAACAACAGCUACUGUAUGGCAUAACAGUACAUGAAAACAAUAGCACAGUAAUAUAAUAUAUAUAUACACACACUACCGUUCAAAAGUUUGGGGUCACUUAGAAAUGUCUUUCUUUUUCAAAGAAAAGCACUGUUUUUUCAAUAAAGAUAACAUUAAUCAAAAAUACACACUAUACAUUGUUAAUGUGGUAAAUGACUAUUCUAGGUAGAAGUGUCUGGUUUCUAAUGAAAUAUCUCCAUAGGUGUAUAGAGGCCCAUUUCCAUCAACGAUCACUCCAGUGUUCUAAUGGUACAUUGUGUUUGCGAAUCGCCUUAGAAGACUAAUGUCUGAUUAGAAAACCCUUGUGCAAUUAUGUUAGCACAGCUGAAAACAGUUAUGCUGGUGAUAUAAGCUAUACAACUGGCCUUCCUUUGAGCUUGAAGAACAAAAUUAAUACUUCAAAUAUUAAUCAUUAUUUCUAACCUUGUCAAUGUCUUGACUAUAUUUUCUAUUCAAUUUUAAAUUCAUUUGAUAAAUAAAAGUGAGUUUUCAUGGAAGACACAAAAUUGUCUGGAUGACCCCAAACUUUUGAACGGUAGUGUAUAUAUAUAUAUAUAUAUAUAUAUAUA